UGCCCGAAUCCUAUAUAUACUCCGCCGCUCUCCUCACUCCCCUCCCAACACACAAUCCGCCAUUGCAGCAGGGCUACCUCCACCAUUUCCAGAGCAGAGCAGAGCAAAGCUCGAUCUGACAACGAAUCAAUCGAUCCCCAAUGGAUCAUCACCACUACGAAGAUGGCUGCGGCGGCGGCGUGGGGUACGCGACGGUGACGUCCGCGCCGCCGAAGCGUCCGGCGGGACGGACCAAGUUCAGGGAGACGCGGCACCCGGUGUACCGCGGCGUGCGGCGGCGCGGCGCGGCGGGACGGUGGGUGUGCGAGGUCAGGGAGCCCAACAAAAAGUCCCGCCUCUGGCUCGGCACAUUCGACUCGCCCGAAGCCGCCGCCCGCGCCCACGACGUGGCCGCCCUGGCGCUCCGUGGGCGCGCCGCGUGCCUCAACUUCGCCGAUUCCGCUUCGCUACUCGCCGUCGACCCGGCCACGCUCCGGACGCCCGAGGACAUCCGCGCCGCCGCCAUCCGCCUCGCCGAGUCCGCGUGCCCGGCCGCGGCCGCGUCCAUGCCGAUGUCGGCAUCGGCAUCGGCAUCGGAGACGAUGGCGAUGGUGCAGCAACAGGAAGAGGCGGCCAACGCCGCCGCCGCGGCUGCGUACGACGAAUAUGCGUUGUGCGGGGACAUGGGAGAUUGGGGUCAGCAUCAUUGUUCGUAUUUCUACGGCGACGGGGUGGUCCCUGGCGGCGAGUGGCAGCAGGGCUCGCUCAUGGACGGAGACGACGACGGCUACCGUUACGGAUAUGGCGCCGGCGACGUCGCACUCUGGAGCUACUGAAUGAUCAUCGAGCUGGACCCAUCGAUCGACCGUACCUAGUUAAUUUUGUCCAGACGUUUGUUGUACUGUAGGCUGUAGCCUGCCGUCUCCACGGAGCACUAAUGUGGAAGGUGUUGUUGAGAAACUUCUAGUCGUUCAGAGAUUUUUCAUGCGGUCUCUGGGCAUGUUCGUUCGAUACCGUGUCUCCAGGUAAAUCGAUCCUGAAAAACUUUAAGCCAAAAACAUGGAAAUUAUUUGAA